ACAAAAUUAGCGUUACUGUUUCUCUUUACUAAACUAUGGCAGCGCACACAAUCUGUCAUUCUGAUAGUCCUGUAUCAAAUAUUUCUACAAAGCAAAAGCGCUUGGCGCAUAUGUUUCUUAGUCCAUUUAGGCGUCUCAAUCACAAUGGCAAGAAACGUUCGGAUAAACAUUUGCCUUCUGCUGAACUGGUAGGUAGUUCCAGGGUUGAUUUAAACACAAAUGGUGGUCUUAAAAUUCUCGCAGAUUCGGCAUGCUCCAAUUCAGUUUAAUUUUAUCAGCUUACUCAAAUUUCGCAAUAUUUGGUCUUUUUGUUUUAGUUCAAAAGAGCUCACUCCUAGUUGAUGAAUCAUGCUCUCUUGAAAGCAACUACCAACCAGAAAAAUGCUCUAUUCCAAUAGUUCAUCUUGAACCACAUGUUAGUCCUUGUUAUUCUACUUCUGUAACUCAAUCCCACUUCACCGAAGCCGAUAAUCCUAUGGGUGAAUUGAAUACUUAUGUCGGAGAGCAGACUACUGAAUUAGCUUCGAGUAUCAAGCAACGCUUAAUGACUCAAUCAUCUCAACCUCUUAAAAAGUUAAAUAGAAUAAAAAAAUAUAUAACAAGUCACCAAGUAACCUAUCCUCAAUUGACACCGGUUAGCCGAAAUGUUUUAACUCGCAUUUCUGAAAUAUCUAACCAAACAAAUAUCGAUAAAUCCAAAAUAAAUGCAGUUUGUUACAAUAAGAGAAAUGUAAAGACUUCGUCCCCCGCUUGCAAUAUGAUGGUUGUGCCCAUAUCUAAAUCAGAUUUGUAUUUGGUAGGACGUCUUGUGAACGGUGAGACAUAUUCUAAGUCUGUAUUUUCAUCAGAUUCUACGGACAAUCUCCAUUGCGACUCACCAGCUUCGGAUCUUUACGUUUCCUCCAAUAAUAUGAAACAUUGUCCAAACUCAAUGUUGUGUAUGUACAGAUCUCCCAGUAAAUGCUCAAAAAACUCACAAUCCUUCAUGCAUUCUUUUCAAAAGGAUGGUAAAUUCCCAAAACCUGAAAAUUCUACCGCUGAAACGUGCGCGACUCUUAUUGAUCGUAAUAAAGUGGCUGAAUGUGAAACUGAUGGUAUUUGUUCUUCGGAUUCGGUUAAAAUUAUUACAUUCAAUCCUUCACCAAUCUUGUCAACUUCAAAAAUUACUCAUUUAUCAUCGUCAUCACCAAGUCCAACCAACGAUACGAAAGCAGCUGAGAUCAUACCUACUAUUAGUCAGACAUUGAAAUACUCACAUUUAUCUAACCGUGCUUAUCCUUUUGGCAAAGAUUGUCGUUUUGUUUUUUACAAUUCUGAUAGUGAUGAAGAAGAUGCUUACAAUUUAUCUGCACCUUGCCAAACUCUCACUUCACUUAUCAAGGCUCGUCAAGCGCAUAAAGAUAUGUGGACAAAACGAGCUGAUCGCAUCAAUCGCCUUUUAGCCUGUAGACCUUGUCGUGAAGACCUGAUAUCUAAAAAUAUAAUUCCCAGUACCACUUUAGAAGCACGUACUGAACUGCGAAUUGAUAUUGAAGCGUCACUUGAGCGUCGACUUAAUCAACGUCCUACAACUGAUGAAUUGAAACAGAAAAACAUCCUUCAUGUGGACACCGAAGAGGUGCGUAAUAAGAUUAAAGAAGAACGAAAGCAAAUUUUAACUCGCAAGCUAUCAUUUCGACCAACUGUUGAAGAGCUGCGUCGACGUAAAAUUAUUCGUUUUAAUGAUUAUGUUGAAGUUAGUGAAGCAGAUGCCUAUGAUCGUCGAGCUGAUAAACCAUGGACUCGUCUAACUCUACGUGAUAAAGCUGAUAUUAGAAAAGAAUUAAACGAAUUCAAAGCAACUGAAAUGGAUGUUCAUGCUGACAGUCGACACCACACUCGAUAUCACAAACCAUAGAUGCCUAUCUUCCGCAUCCUGCAAAAUAAUUCGGCGACUGCCGUUCACUUCGUUAUAGAAACUGUACGUUUGUAGUUAUUUUUUGAAGCUAAAUCUAGUUUGUUUCUAAAAAUAACCUGACACAUUCGGAGACCAAACAAUUGUACAUAUGUAAUGACCUGUCAGAAACGAAAUUUUAUAUUGACUUUCCAAAUUUUAUGGCUCACUUUAUUAUUGAUUAUUGUAUAGUUUAACUCUUUCAUUUCACUGUGAUUAUAAUAAUUGGUUACAAAUACAAAAACUAACUUGACU